AUGGCCACCGCGUCAGGUCGAGACAUUGGAUCCGCUAGGUUGCGCAAGAGGGCCAGCGACUCGGAGCUUGGGUUUCCAGAAAAGCCCAAGAUCGAGGCCAAGACGGACCCAACACGAUGGCGAAUGAAGGAUGAUGACAGCCGCCACACAUGGCAUUACUUGGCAACCAAGAAGGCUGCUGAAGAAUGGCCGCAGAGCUACGCGGAGAAGUAUUAUUUGGGCUUGCCCCUGGACUUGCCAGCACUUCCAAAGCCCGAAACGCCUCUGGACUCUGCCAAGAAUGCGCUCGAAUUCUUCCAAAAGCUCCAGCUGCCUUCAGGCCACUGGGGGUGCGAAUACGGCGGACCAAUGUUCCUCCUUGCUGGUAUUGUUGUGGCUUGGUACGUCACCAAGACGCCGAUUCCGUCAGCAUACGCAACCGCCAUAAGGGACUACCUCGCGGCACGAGCCCACCCUGAGGACGGCGGCUGGGGACUGCACAUUGAAGGUGAAAGCACCGUAUUUGGCAUCACGCUCAACUAUACCGUGUUGCGCUUGGUUGGCGUCGAUCCCGAGGACCCUCUCAUGGUGAAGGCUCGAGGUACCUUGCACAAGCUUGGAGGAGCUGUCAACUCACCACACUGGGGCAAAUUCUGGUUGGCAACCUUGGGUGUAGUAAGCUGGGACAUUGUCAAUCCUGUCCCGCCCGAAAUUUGGCUGCUCCCAGAUUGGGUGCCCAUUGCACCAUGGAGAUGGUGGAUUCACAUCCGAAUGGUUUUCUUGCCAAUGGGAUACAUCUACUCAAAGAGAUGGAGCUGUGAGGAGACAGAUGUAAUCCGUGGUUUGAAGGAAGAGCUGUUUACACAGCCCCAUACAGAGAUUAACUGGGCUGCGCACCGAAACAGCAUUGCACCUGGUGAUAACUACCACCCAAAAUCGUGGCUGCUCAACACUAUGAAUUGGUUGAUUGUCAAUGUCUGGAACCCAUAUCUGCGCACCAACUUCAUCAAGGAGCGAGCCGAACAAUGGGUCAGCCAGCAGGUAGACAUGGAGGAUGCUAACACGGGAUACGCCGAUCUUGCGCCUGUAAAUGCGCCGAUGAACACGAUUGUAUGCUAUAUCCGAGAUGGGCCUGAUGCGUUCAGCACAAAACGACACAUUGAACGCUUGGAUGAGUACCUGUGGGUCAAUGAUGAGGGCAUGCUCUGCAACGGCACCAAUGGCGUUCAAUGCUGGGAUACGGCCUUCUUGAUCCAGGGCGUCUUCGAGGCAGGCCUGCAAAAUGACGAGCGAUGGCGCCCAAUGCUAACCCGCGCCCUCGAGUAUUUGGAACGUCAACAGAUCCGCGAAAACUGCGUCGACCAAGAAAAAUGCUAUCGACAACCACGGAAGGGAGGCUGGCCCUUUAGCAACAGAGACCAAGGCUAUGGUGUCAGUGACUGCAUCUCCGAGGCCCUGAAGGCCAUUAUCCUGCUUCAAAAAGUCGGUGGAUUCCCUGCAGUGCUAGGAGACCAGCGCAUUUUUGACGCAGUCGACACGCUGCUGCUGUACCAGAAUGAUAAUGGGGCUCUAUCAUCGUACGAGGCCCGACGAGCCGGCGAGUACAUGGAAAUGUUCAAUGCCGCCGAGGUGUUUGGCAGGAUCAUGAUCGAGUAUGACUAUCCCGAAUGCACUACGGCGUGCGUCACUGCGCUUUCAUUGUUCAGUAAGCAUUGGCCGGACUACAGAAGCAAGGAAAUCAAGAUUUUCAUCAACAGAGCAACCAACUGGAUCAAAACAAACCAGCGGGUUGACGGUAGUUGGUAUGGCAGCUGGGGCAUCUGUUUUACCUAUGCGACCAUGUUUGCACUCGAAAGCAUGGCCAGCAUUGGCGAGACAUACUCCAAUAGCAAGAUUUCUCGGCGCGGCUGCGACUUUCUCAUCUCCAAACAGAGAGAGGAUGGCGGCUGGUCUGAAAGCUACAAGGCUUGCGAAACGAUGGAGUACCACGAACACCCCAUGGGUUCCCUGGUGGUCCAAACUGCAUUCGCGUUGAUUGGUCUACUUGAAGCUGAUUACCCUCAUAUUGAACCCUUGAAGAAGGGCAUCAAAUUGAUCAUGGAACGACAGCAAGAAAACGGGGAAUGGCUCCAGGAAGCCAUCGAGGGCGUUUUCAACAAGUCAUGCAUGAUUUCGUACCCCAACUACAAGUUUACGUUUACGUUGAAGGCGUUGGGGUUGUUUGCGAAAAGUACGUACUCCAUACCCUUGCAUCAAAUUUCUUACUUUACCAACACAGCCAGUCUCCGUCUCUCUCUCUCGCAUAUCAGAACCGUCACGAUGUCACACAUCACCCAGGCCAACCAAGGCCUGGCUGCAGCCGAAGCCCAAAACUGGGAUGAGGCCAUCACCAAGCUCUCCAAAGCUCUACAGACCUCCACCAACCCAGCAUGGCUCCUCGCGCGGUCCAAAGCUCUCAUCAACGUCAAACGCUAUGAGGAAGCCCUCGACGACGCCAACCUUGCCUUCCACACAGCUUAUGAGCGAAACAAGCGAGACUUGAUAAUUGACGCCCACUACCGUCGAGCAGUAGCCUACUACCGCCUGGGGCAGUACGCCAAUGCCGACUGCUGUGCCAUCUAUGCCAUGCGUCUGGUUAAGGGUCAUGCUGCACUGGACAAGGAGGAUGUCAGGGCCGCCAAUUCUGACCACGACGGGUUCUGGAAACCAACUGCCGCGGACGCAAUGGCGGAAGCUCGCGAGGACCCCUUCAACCAGACGAAGCCGGAGGGAGCAAUGUCUGCUCAACCGGCACAUGUCGGUGACUGGCGGCGAGCAAGCACCCUUCGUAUUCAGGCCCUCACUGCCAUGAAGAAGCUGCCUGCUGAUGACGAGGCCCGGAAGGCCACGGCCCAUUUGGUGCCAGAGCGCAAGGAGCUUUCCACUUUGAAGGCGGGCGACAAGGACACGGAGAACACAAAGAAGAGUGAGGUUGCAGCACAGAAACCCGCCACCCCUAGCGAUACCCCUCUUCGUUUGCAGGACUUCCAAACCAACACCGUCAUGUCCGUGUCCAUCUUCAGCAAGGGCGUCGACAAGGAGAAGCUCCAGGUAAAGUUUCUCCCAGAGUCCGUCCAUUUAAACCCUCUGGUCUACCCCAACGGCGACGAGAAAGAAUUCCUGCUCCAAACAUUUGCCGAAAUCGAGCCAUCUAGCUCGGGGUACACCGUCACUCCCAGCAAAGUCGAGCUACGCCUAGUCAAAAAGUUGCCGGGAAAGUGGUCACAAGUCACAAAGGAGUCGCCAGGGACCAAGGAAGCCACAGAGAAGGACGAGGAGUUACAAGCCCUCAAAGACGCCAGACGGCGGGCCAUGGACGAGGCAGAUGCCAAAACCAAGGAUGAGAAACCUGUAGCGACGGCUGCCCAACCUGAAGCCAACAAGGUCAAAGCCACGACUGGUGCUGGCCCCGCCUACCCGUCUUCGUCUCGCACUGGUCCCAAGAAUUGGGACAAAAUCGGAGCGGAUGAGGACGAGGAAGAAGAGGCUGGUGUGAAUGACUUCUUUAAGAAGCUGUACAAGGAUGCGACCCCAGAACAGCAGAGGGCCAUGAUGAAGAGCUUCGUUGAGAGCAACGGCACGAGUUUAAGCACGGACUGGAAUGAUGUCGGGAGCCGGACGGUAGAGACGGUUCCUCCAGAGGGGGUUGAGGCGAAGAAGUGGUAA